CUUGCAAUCAGUACAUUAAACUUCUAUCAUUGCAUUAAUUGCAAAUCUCCUUUGUCUCUUUUCUCUUCAGCUCUAGCGACUAAUCUUAAAUUGUCCUUAUCUGUACACCAAGAGAGUGGAUUUUUAUCAGCUAAUGUUGGUGACAACGUGACUUUGCGAUGUUUCUAUGAAGGUGAUGUAGCAGCAAUGUUUUACUGGUAUAAGCAAACUCUGGGACAGAAACCACAGCUCAUCUCUAACUUCUAUAAACAUGAUAUAAAAGGCACUUUUAAUGAUGAGUUCAAGAAUGAUCCUCGCUUCACAUUGGACACUGAAAACGGUAAAAAUCACUUGAUGAUCUCAAAUUUACGUCUUUCAGACUCGGCUACUUACUACUGUGCAAGUAGUCUAUUAUUGAAAUUUGAAUUUGCGGAGGGCAUUACUGUCAAUGUAAAGGGUUCAGGUUUGAACAUCCAAGCUUUGGUCCAUCAGUCGGCAUCUGAGAGCAUCCAGCCAGGAGGCUCUGUGACUCUGAACUGUACAUUACACACUGGGACCUGUGAUUAUGGAGAACACAGUGUUUACUGGUUCAAAAAGUCUCAAGAAUCUCAUCCAGGAAUCAUUUACACACAUGGAGGCAGGAAUGAUCAGUGUGAGAGGAACAGCAACAUACAAACACACACCUGUGUCUACAACUCGCCAAUGAGGAGUCUGAAUCUUUCUCAUGCUGUAACCGACUGUGCUGUUGCCUCAUGUGGACAGAUACUGUUUGGAAACGGGACCAAACAAAAGGGUGAGUAA